UUUUUUUUUUUCCUUUUAAUAACCUUUUACAUACAUAAACGUACAUAAUAUAUAGAUAUACAUAGUGUCAAGAUGGUAGGAGCAUUAAAAUUCAUGACAUUUAAUAUUCGUCAUGACCAUCAUAUAAACUCACCAACAACUCCUUUUGCUGCCCCGCCUAUUAAAGAGAAUGCUUUUGACGUUAGUCAAUUUGCAGAAGAACAGCCUUGGACUAUUAGAAAAUGGAAAAUAGCAGAUACGAUACUUUUAUAUUCACCUGAUAUAGUAGCAUUACAGGAACCUGUACAUCAUCAAUUAUUAGAUCUCGAAACACUUUUAAAUAAUGAGUAUAGUUGGAUAGGUGUAGGCCGAAAUGAUGGUGAUAAAGUAGGUGAAUUCUCGGCUAUAUUUUAUAAAAAAAACAUUUUGACAGUCGAGAAAUGGAAAACAAUUUGGUUAUCUGAGGAGCCUGAAAUAGCAGGAAGUAAAGGCUGGGACGCUACACAUCCUCGUAUUGCAACUCAAGCAAUGUUUUUAAAGAAGGAUGAACAAGUAAAGUUUACUGUUUUCAAUGUCCAUUUAGAUCAUAAAGGUGAUAUAUCGAGAGAGGAGUCAUCCAAGCUGUUAUUAGAAAGAGCACGAGAAGCAAAUGAAUUUGGUGCUGUCAUUUUAUUGGGCGAUUUAAAUUCAACAGAGACAGAUCCAGCCUAUCGUAUCUUGACCGGUAAUAUGUAUAAAGAUGCAGAACGUAAGAAUGACACUCUCGCCAACCUUCAAGAAUUAAAUCAGCAUUGUGCAUCUGUUUAUUCUUCAAUGACAGGUGAACCUGUUCAUACUGCUCAAAAUCAUAUUACUCUGCCUACACAUCGUGUCAUCCGACCGGGCCAAAUUCUUGCCAAUUUUAGAAAACAACAACAGCAGCAGCAGCAGAUAGAAAAAGAAUAUUUUCAGGAUACAUAUUAUGAAUUAAUCACGCGAUUAAAAUCAGAGAGGGGGACAUCAGAUGCUUUAAGUGGGCCCUAUGGAUUUAGAAACACUUUUACUAGUUUUGGUGUGGGAGAAGAGUUUAAGAGGGCACCGAUUCGUAUUGAUUUCAUUAUGACUCUUCAAAAUAAUUCUCUGAAAUUUAUUGUGCAUCAAGUGGCUAUUUUAUCCAAUCAAUUUGAUGAUGGCUUAAUUAUUAGUGACCAUCGUCCAGUUCUUGCAAAACUAUCUUGGUAGAGAAGAAAAGAAACUGUUUUUAUUGUAUUUUUUUUUUUUUUUUUUUUU